UGUGUGUGGUGACCUCUUUAAUAGGUCGUUUUUGACUAAAAAAUUAAAAAAUGUAAAAAAUUUUCACAGCUUCUCAAAAGUCUUAAAAGAGGUUACUGUAAAAGUUCCUUUCAUGGAAGAGUCUAUAAAUAAAGGAGACGUGAAAUCUUGGUUAAAAAAAGAAGGGGAUUAUGUUUCAGAGGAUACUUGCGUGGUUACCAUCGAAACGGAUAAGUUGGAAAAAGAAGUUAGAGCGCCAGAAUCUGGAGUCAUAACAAAAGUCCUAGUAGAGGAAGGAGAAACUGUUGCUGUUGGUAAAGAAUUAUGUUUAAUUGAUACUGAAGGCAAAGCUCCUGAGAAUUUGGAGUGUUCCGAAGAAAAGAAAAUAGACGAGCAUAGCAAAAGCACGGCAUCUUCUAAGCACGACUCUAAAAAAACGGAAGAAGACUCUAAAGUCGAUAAUAAAGAACAGCCGAAGUCUGAAUCAAGUCGGAAGAUUGCUCCCCGAUCUUCCCCGACCCCUUCAAAAGAUGACCCUGAAAAGACCAGAAAAGGAGAGACACGUAUAAAAAUGACCCGCAUGCGCGCCCGAAUCGCCGAAAGAUUAAAAGAAUCUCAGAACACGUGCGCGUCGUUAACUACUCUGAAUGAGAUUGACAUGAGUAAAAUCGUUGACAUUCGCAAGCGUUAUAAGGAGCUCUUUAGAGAGCAGCACGGCAUCAAUCUGGGCUUCAUGUCCGCCUUCUUAGCCGCGUCGGUGGCCGCCUUGAAGGAGCAGCCUGUCGUCAAUGCUGUUAUUGAGGGAGCCGACAUUGUCUAUCGGGACUACAUCGAUAUCAGCGUGGCAGUGGCGACUCCAAAAGGGCUGGUCGUCCCUGUCAUUCGUGGCGUCAACGAAUACAAACUGGUAGAUUUUGAGCGGGAAUUAGCAAAACUGGCCGAAAAAGCGCGCAAUGGGAAGCUGGCGAUGGAGGACAUCGUGGGCGGGACUUUCACGGUGUCCAAUGGUGGCGUGUUCGGCAGCUUGAUGGGCACACCGAUCAUAAACUUGCCCCAAUCCGCCAUAUUAGGAAUGCACAGCAUCAAGGAAAGGCCAAUGGCUGUAGACGGAAAGGUGGAAAUUCGGCCAAUGAUGUACGUUGCGCUGACCUAUGACCACCGAUUGAUAGAUGGGCGCGAGGCCGUUACCUUCCUUAGGAAAAUCAAAGAAAUCGUUGAAGAUCCCGUUCGCCUUCUCCUAGGCAUAUAAAUGCAAUAAAA